AUGGAUCACUCCUGCUCCCAAAUUGAGGUUAAACGCUCUGAUUUCCCCAAGGAUUUUAUCUUCGGUGCUGGAACAUCAGCAUAUCAGGUCGAAGGUGCUUGGAAUGCAGAUGGUAAAGGCAGGAGUAAUUGGGAUCAUUUCACUCUACAUACUCCUGGUGGCACUGCAGACGGUAGCAAUGGGUGCGUUGCUCUUGAUCAAUAUAAUAUGUUCAAGGAUGACGUGGAUUUAAUGAAGAAAUUGGGUUUAGAUUCUUAUAGAUUUUCAAUUGCAUGGUCCCGAAUCUUACCGGGAGGUAAACUAUGCGGCGGCGUAAGCAAAGAAGGAAUCAAAUACUAUAACGAUCUCAUAGACGUACUUUUGGCACAAGGAGAUUCUGGCAUAGAACCAUAUAUAGUGGCACACCAUUUGAUCCUUGCUCAUGCACAUGCCGUUAAUAUAUACAGGAAAAAAUAUCAGGAACACCAAGGAGGCAAAAUAGGGAUGUCAAACGUUUCAGUUUGGUUUUAUCCAUUUGAUCCGAAAACUCCAGAAGACGUAGAGGCUGCUUCCAGGGCGGUCGAUUUUAUGUUAGGAUGGUUUGUAGCGCCUGUAAUAAAGGGAGAUUAUCCACCAUCCAUGAGAAAAAAUGUAGGAGUACGUCUUCCCAAAUUUAAACAAAAUGAGGUGACGCUAGUGAAAGAUUCCUGUGACUUUUUAGGCAUAAAUUAUUACACGACUUAUUAUGCUAAGAAUCAACCUAAGAAGACUGGUGUACUACCAAAUUAUGACAAUGAUCUUCAAGUCGAAUAUCUUUUCGACCGUGGUGGUGUGCCGAUUGGUCCUCAGCCUGGUUCCGCAUGGUUGUACGUGGUUCCAGAUGGAAUUUACCAUGUCACGCGGUACAUAAAAGAAACAUAUAAUAAUCCUGAGAUUUACAUUACAGAGAAUGGGGUGAAUGAGAUAAACGAUAAAACCGUAACAAUUUCAAAAGCUCGUAUUGAUGAAACAAGGAUUAAGUAUCACAGGGACCAUCUCGCAAAACUUAGAGAUGCAAGGAAUAUUGGUGUUCGUGUGAAGGGUUACUUCAUAUGGUCAUUGCUUGACAAUUUCGAAUGGGCUGAGGGCUACACUAUUAGAUUUGGCAUUUUUUAUGCAGACUACGUGAAUGGACGUUUGACAAGAUUCCCUAAAGACUCAGCUGUAUGGUGGAUGAAUUUCCUGAACAAGACAAAGAGUCCAUGGAAUAAACUUCCGUGGAAGCCUAUAUUUUCGGGAAAGCUACAAGAUGAGAAAACUGAACAAGAAGAAGAACAACACGGCUCUGUGAAAAGGCCAAGAUGCAAAGAUGCUUAA